AUGGAAUACGAUUUGUCACGUAUUGAUUACACAUUAUGCGGGAUUACAUAUCCGGAAACAUUGAAAGUACUACAAAGCGUAAACGAAAAGGUUCAACAAAAAUUUGUAGUUGGUGAUAAGAACGGAGUUUUGCAGUGUUUAGGAAUAAAAGAUGAAGAACCGGUGGUUCAAUUUAAAACCCUACCAAGCAAGUCUAUCACAUCAGUUAUUGUGCAUCCGUCGUCUUCAGGCACGAAUGACGAUAAAAUAUAUGCCGCAUCGGGGAACGAAGUCAAGGGCUAUACAAGGAAGGGAAAAGUGUUCCUAACAGUUGAGACAUUGGUGUCGGAAGUUAUCACUUCUAUGUGGAUAAUUGGUAAUGAUUUGAUCCUAUGCAGUGGACGAACAAUUACGUAUUGUAAGGAUUUAAAUCAGCUAACAUCGUUCAUGUGUGAGGACAGAGUGCUCGAUGUGGCUGCAUUUAUGACAGCUAAUAGCACUCGUAUAAGACUUCUUCUCUUAAUAGCCAAUAAAGGAGCGGCAAUUGUGGAAAACGGUAAAUUUAUUACGAGAGUAUAUAUGAACUCUGGUCCAUCUCGUCUUGCAGUUCCACAAUCGCAGAGGCCUACCGAAAUAUGUGCUUUUUAUGGAGCUGCUGACGGUUCUAUUGGAUUGGUUUUGUAUCAUGAAUCAAAUUUAGUAAGCAAAUGCUUAGUCGAUGGCAAAGGAUUGGGAUCUGUUAUGUGCGUUGGCUGGUUCCGUAAUUAUGUAGGGACCCACCUCGUAGUCGGUCGUCACGACGGAUCUAUACAGUUAUACCUAAGUAAUUUGGAAAAUUACGAGGAUAAAUUACAGCUCAAGUAUACCUACUUCUGUGGUGAACCAAUAACAUCCGUGUGCGGUGGUUGCAUUGGCUCUGAUGAACCAGAAAUACUGGCCUCCACAUUCUCUGGCAGGAUUUUUGGCUUGAGACCUCGCAGUCUGCAGUCGGCGGCAGUUGUAAAUGUUCCUGCCGAUGCGCUUGCGUCGCGCAGAGCGAAACUAGAAAAUGAAAUAACUCGUUUAGAGAAGCAAACAGCCAAUGAAAGGGAUAAAUACCAGAAAAGCACAAGAUCACUACAGAGCGGUCUGUCUAUGCCCCCAUUGUUGGACAUACAAUAUGAAUUAACAGGAGCAACGAAAAAUGGUUGGAUAGAAGCAAGGAUAACAUCAGCUGUACCUCUUGACAUGUUAUUUAUUUAUUGUAAUAACAAAUUGGUCAUACAAACUGACACAGCGGCGGUGCUCAGCCUUUGCCCACCACAGGAUCGUGAAUCAGAUCUGUUAGCCACUAUAAGAUGCCAGGCCGGCACUAGGCGGCUAUGGAUAGGUUUGAGAAAUAUUGAAACCACUCUUCUUGAAAGUACAAAAGUGCUGGUUUAUGUUCUACCAGCGGGAGCGCCGAGGGUAGCUAGACUAAUAAAAUUCAACUUACCACUUCUACCCUACUACUCUAAACAUGAAGAAAUAGAUGUAAACGAAACAAAAAGAUGUCUAUGCGAGUUAAAAGUGCUUGGUACAUUUUCUGUCGUUGAAGUUACCUCAUGGCUUAAUGAAGCUCUGCCAGGUGAAUUGCCUAAGCCUGCCAGCUCUGUGUAUUUCGUUCGUUCACAUACACUUAUGGGAACUUAUCUGUUUUGUCAGUAUCAACGUGGCUCUGCAAUAUUCAAAUCAGAUAACAUAUCAACAAUAGCAGAUUUGAAGGACAUAAUUUCAAACUUAACUACAAAAAAAGGAUUAAAAGUUAAUAUAACUUAUGAUAUUCCAGAUAACUGCUGCGCACUGGCCUUUGAAAAUUUAAAUAAUGAAUUUCAAUUACAAUACAAAUGGAAAAAUGAGGGUAAAUUAAAAAACUGUUUAAGUGCCCUAGAUUUAGAUACUAAUUUGAUAAAUAGUGAAGGUAAAUUACAACUUUGUACAGAUUAUAUAAGAAUUUGGGAACAGCCAGAAAACUUGGAUGAAACAUGUUUUGAUCAAUUAAUGUUUGAAAUAGAAAAAUGGUAUACAAAUUGGAGCAAACUAUCACAUGGGCAGAAUGACAACCAAAUUCUAGCUGAACUUCAUGAAUCCUUAGAGAAUGGCAGAAUAGAAGAAGUGAAAAAUAUACUCACAUUGCAUUGA